AUGUAUAUAUAUAUAUAUAUAUAUAUAUAUAUAUAUAUAUAUAUAUAUAUAUAUAUAUAUGAAAUUAAUUUUACAGGUAGAAAAGGUGGUUUUUUGUCCGAUUUACUCUAUUAUUAUUUUGGUAAAGCUGAAAAUCCAUAUGUUUCAGCAUUGAGAGCUAUGGUUAACUCUGGCGAUUUUCAAUUGGGAAAACAAAAUACAUUAGCAUUUAAAAUAAUUGAAAAUUUUUCCGAUUGGUUAAAUAAAAACACUCGAGUACAUUAUUUACUUAAUGAUAAUAUUAAAAUUGAUGCUCUCAAUCUUGUAUCACAACAAAAAUGUCUCCCUUUGAUUAAUUUGGUGGCGAAAACAUUCGAAAUAAUAGGACAUAAAGAAUUAUUUUACGAUUCUAUUAAAGGAAUGAUUGCCGAUCGUAAAUACAAAGAGGCUUGCUAUUGUGCAUCAAUAUUGGGAUUAUAUGAACCAUUUACAAUAGAAGAUUUUUUAAUACCGUUAAUAUUUCAAGAUAAAUUUACAGUUGCUAAAGAAUUUUUAGACGGCAGUAGAAAUCAUCAAAUUUGUUUAGUUAAGUAUUUGGAUGAUCUUUUGGGUAAAAAAAAUAUUAAAUUAGAAGCUGAAUUAGCACUCAGGAAAUUAAAUGUAUCUUAUUAUAGUAAUUCGCUUUUACAUUUUAAACCAAUGGGAAAAUUAAUAUCGAAAAUUAUAAAAGUAUUCGAUCUUCCAUUGAACAUGUGUCCGAAUUUAAAAAAAAAAAGAGGAAAAGGUGUUUUACAAUUUUUAAUACAUAAAAGAUUUUCAAAUAAAACAAUUGAUGAUGAAAGUUGGAAAGAAAUGGUUGUGGAAGCUGUGGGUUCAGAUGAAUCACUACAAGCUGAAUUAGUCGAUAAGGUCACAGUUUUUGGUACGCUCAAAGAAGCUUUGGCUGUGGAAAACGAUGACGUCGACGUCGACGUCGAUGGUGGUAAACAUAAAGAAAAUGUGAUUGAUAAAAAAAAUAGGUACGUGGAAGAUGUGAUGAAAAAAUCAGAUGUAAAAUAUCACAAACUUCCGAUCGAUGAAUCGAACAUAUAUUUAAUCGAUUCGACUUGUUCUUUUUCGAAAUUUUUAAUCGAUAUAACGGAUGGUGUUAAAGUUGUCGGUUUGGAUGCCGAAUGGAAACCUUGUUUCGGCCUUAAAAAAUCCGAACUCGCACUUUUUCAAAUCGCAACACGUCACGUCGUUUACCUUUUAGACAUAAUCGCAUUGAGCUCCGUCGUACCUGAAAAUUUAUGGAUAAGAUUUUCGGAAAUAUUAUUCGGUAAUCCGAACAUAUUGAAAUUGGGUUUCGGACUCCAGGGAGAUUUCACGAUAAUACAAGAAAAAUUAUUAGGAUUGCACGGUAUAAUAAUACCGGAAACGUCAUUGUUAGAUUUAGAAAUAUUAUGGAGAGUAUUGCAAAAUAAUAAUUUUACAUUUCCUCACGCCGCAUCCGUUUCCUCGACUUUAAAUAGUUUCAUUGAAUUUUGCCUGGGAGAAAAAUUAGAUAAAUCCAAUCAGUUUUCGGAUUGGGAAAAAAGACCCUUGAGACACAGUCAAAUCGUAUAUGCCGCACUCGACGCGUAUUGUCUUUUAGAAGCUUAUGACGUCAUAUUAAAAGAAUCGAAAAAUCAAAAUUUCGAUAUUUUAAAUGUUAUACAGGAUGUUAUUAAAAAUAAAAUAGUCACGGUUAAAACUCCGUUAAAAAAAUGUACAAAAACGAAUAAUGAUGAGAAUAAUAAAAAUGAUGAUGAUGAUGAUGGUAAAUCGAUGGAGAAAAAUGUAAAAAAGGAAAAACGGGAAAAUCCCGUCGGAAAAGAAGGAAGAGGAGGUGGUGGUGGUGGGGGUUCGGUGGAAAAUGGUAAAUGCAUAACGGAAUAUAAAAUCCUUUGCGACACUAUGUUAUCCGGAUUGGGUAGAGAAUUGAGAAAAUGGGGAGUCAAUACGAUAAUAAUAAAAAAAAAUGAGAAAAUGAUGAUAAAAAAAGAAAAUUCACACGAGGUUUUGCACGUGUUCACGCGUCGUAAACCGUUUAACGAAUUGAAAAAUUACGGUAAAGUUUAUUGUUUGACAUCGGGUAGAGUUAAAAAUCAAUUUCAAGAAGUUUUAGAUCAUCUCAAAGCUGUCGUGCCGAAGGAAAACGUACUCAGUAGAUGUUUGGUGAGUGAAAUUUCGAAAAGGAAAAAAUGA